UAAACUCAUCACACAAUUAAGGCAAUGGCGGUGAUAGUACUAUUAUAAACUACGGGAAAUUCAUUGAGGAAAGACUUAUCAACUUUUUUUCUCGUUUUUAUUUUAUUUUAUUCAGGCACCAACAGACAACAUAGAAUGUUUCGCCAAUUCCAGACCAUGGACGAAAAAAAAUUCAUGUCCCUAUUGUCUUGUAGAACUAACACACUUUUGCAGACAUCUCGAACGCCAUCAUCAAGAUAAGAGCGCAGUUAAAAAUGUAUUGAGUAUGAGUUCACAUAAUCCUAAAAGAAAACAGCUACUGGCAAUAAUACGAAGACAAGGAAACUACGUUCUAAAGGAUCAUAGCAAAUUAGUGCGCCCAGUAAGAAGGCCAAAAGCAGAAAAUGCUCAGUUUUUCAAUAAAGAAAACGGUAAAGAUUCAUAUGUGGCUUGUCAAGACUGUUUAGGAUUCUUCAAACGAAAUUAUCUUCGAAGACAUAGGAAGACAUGUAGUCUACGACCAAAAAUUAUGAAUUCUUCUAAACGCGAAAAUCAUUUAACAGAAUCACAGUUAGCUAUGAUCUGUGCAGGUACUUAUAAAGAAUUUUAUAAUUCACUAAGACUUAAAGAAGAUGUGUUCAAAAUGAUGCGAAAUGAUGAAAUAUCAAAAGUAGCCAUGAAUGAUUUGCUGAUAUGUAAUUAUGCUGAGAGUUUACUGAUAAAACACAAACGAUCUCAAAUAAAAAAUACUAUUUCAAACAAAAUGAGGGAAUUAGGCAGACUUUUAAUUGCUUUGAGAGAUACAACAGGGAUUCAAAGAUUAGUUGAUGUAUUAAGACCAGAAAUGUUCAAUAACAUUGUUUCGGCUGUAAAAUUAAUUAGCAAAUAUGAUUCAGAAACACGAACAUUUAAGGCAGGUAGUUUGGCGUUACAUAUGGCUACAACACUAAAGCAGGUGUGCAAUAUUGCUACUAAGUUGCUUAUCCAGAAAAGCAGUUUCCUCCAAUGUAGCACUGAUUCGCAACAAGCACUGAAAAAUAUAAAACUCACUAGGCAACUUAUAGAGGAUCAUUGGAAUUCAGAUGUUUCUAGUUUAGCACUUAAAGAUUUAAACGAGAAAAAAUGGGAAAAACCUAAAUUAUUACCACUCACAAAAGAUAUUAUACUUUUUGAGAACUACGUAACGAAAAUUGCAAUAGAAACAUGUGAACAUAUUGAAACUGGAUUGCUAUUAAGUAUGCUGAAAAAAGAGUAUCGAAAACUUUCAGAAUGUGUUUUGGCUUUGACAUUAUUAUUAAACAGAAAAAGAGUUGGAGAGGUUCAGUACUUGAAGGUAAAAACUUAUACCAAAGAAAUACCUCAGAACCACCAAGAAGAAUUUUUACUGUCUCUAACUGACGCCGAGAAAGUUCUCACAAAAAACUUUAAAAGAAUUAUAACGGGAGGCAAGGGAAGUAAACCAGUGUCUAUAUUGUUUCCGAAGAACCUCCAGAAAUAUUUAAAUGUAAUGCUGAAUGUUAGAAGUAAAUGCGUUCCAGACACUAACGAAUAUCUGUUUGCUAAUCCGUCAACACCAAAUAGAUGGUUAAAUGGAUAUAACGUCUUAAGAAAGUUAGCUCGCGAAUCUGGAGUCAAAAAUCAAGAACUUUUCACAUCGACGCGUCUUCGAAAACAAAUAGCCACCGUGCUACAGGUAUUGAAUAUUACUGACGCAGAAAUGGAACAGUUCGCUAAUUUCAUGGGACAUACAAAAAAGACCCAUGAGACUUAUUAUAGGAUGUCUGAAGAUGUUUACCAGACCGCAAAAGUAUCCAAACUCCUUUUGGCCAUAAGUAAGGGAAAGGGAGCUCAUUACAAAGGUAAAACUUUAGAAGAAAUUGAAUUUUCUGACAAUUUAAAUUCUGAAGAAUCUGAUUCUGAGUCAGAAUCAGAAUAUAACCAAAGGAUACAGAAAUUGGUAAGUAAAAAGGAAAACGAAAGUUUACCAGGUACAACAAUGGCUAUUAAGAAAACUAGCAAUGACAAAACAAAUAGAAGUGAAAAUUUUGAAGUAGAGAGUUUUGAAUAUAACAACUCUGAUAAACCUAGCUCGGGUGUUGCAGGUGACACCAAUGUUAAUGAAAUGACUGAAGAUUUCCCGGACAGUUCAGAAACUAGUUUUCCCAAGAAGAAACAUCGGGAGAAAUGGACUCAAAAACAAAAAGAUAUUGUAAUAACUUUUUUUAAAGAUCAUAUCAAAUAUAAAAAGGCCCCAAAGAAACAUGAAGUGGAAAUGUUCCUUAGCAAGUAUCCUGGAUUAUUUAAAUCGAGAAAUUGGAUUACAAUUAAAGCUUUCGUUUAUAAUUUGUAUAGAGACAAAUAAUUUUUCCACGGGUAAUAUGUAGUGCCAAAUAAAAAAUAUUUAUUAUUAAUAUUAAUAUUACA